UUCAUUGGUCCACUCUUGAUUGAUCUUAAUUGAUCGCCUUCAUGUUCAGGUGACGCCUCUAAGCACGCGUGAGCAAAUAGCGUCAACAAUCCAGCGAUGUCUUGCGAACAGAAAAAAACAACUUGGUUAUUAGUGGCAAUAACUUUCUACUUUAUAGCGUUUCGAGUAACUUAUUCGGUAAGUUUAGGACAGCGGGAGGAGGAUUUAAGGACUCACUCCGACGCCCAGCAGCGGGGAUGGCGUCGGGUGGAGCGGGCUAUCAAGAGCCCACGUCUGCGUGAACCCGUCCAGCCAGGUAUCAACGAGCUUCGGCGUCAAUCUGCCGGCUUCCCUGAAGGGCCAGUCCCGUGUUUCAGCGCAAGUACACCGGAUGAAACUGACAGGAACGUCGUUCUUAAUGGCUCUUCCUGGACAUUUGGUCACACCAACCCACGACCGAAGUCUUCAUCCUCGAGCUCUGGAGAUGGAGAUGGAGAUGGAUAUCAAGCGGAUUUUGCAGGUUUUGAAGGGGCCCAAGGGAAGGUUUUGGGCCGAUCACUUGACUCCAGUCCAGAGUGGCAGGCCAUGAGGCCUUUGUUGCGCUGUGAUAAUAAUGCCAUGACCUUCACAGCAUCUGGAAAAGGACUAACACACCUGUUACUUUCCAGCGGGGCCUCUCCCAUCUCCCCCUUCCAUUUACCUCCAUGCUGUGGUUACUCAGUGAGGACAACAUGGAGUUACCUUGAGAUGACGGUGUCUUAUGAUGCAUGUUACAUCACAGAGGAGACUGGCAGUUAUGUGUUGCCCCUGCUGUGGCAGGGCCUCCCACUGAAGCUCUCCUGCCCGAUGCCGUUGUCCAUUCCUCCCCCGACACGUUCUCAUUCUGGACUCUCCCUCUUCUGCUCCCAGCACGGCAUGGCAGUGCAGAUACUUUGGCAGGAGCAGGAAAUGCCCAUGAUGGAAGUAGCAGUGAAUGGAUUCUGGGAUCCAUUUGUAUCUGAGAAGUGUGCGUACCCUGUGCGCUCCUGUCCUGGAGCGCUUACCUUCUUCAUCCCCUACAGUGCUCCUUGUUUCACCAGAAUGGAUGGUCUCUACCUCCAACUAAUCUUAAACUGUCAGGGAUACAUCCUCUCUUGUCCAUCUCCUCUUCCGUCUCCUGGGAAUCCUCAGUUUCCAUUUAACCCUGAACCUACCUCCACUCCACCUCCUCCUCUGCCUCUAACCCAAGAGCAGGUUGUUCAGUUUCCUCAAUACUUCAAUACCGAUGACCAGACGCCUCCCCAGGUCUACCCUCCUGGCCUAGAACAUGACAGCCCACCUGGGUCACAGCCAAACCCCCAAUACUCUUCCCCACCUCACCAGGAAACCAAAGCACUUGGCCCAGAGCUGACUUCUUCUACCAGCACUUUUCCUACUGCAUCUCCUCCCACCAGAAGUUCUGAAAAAUUGACCCCAGUUCUUCAGUGUCUGAAGGACAGGAUGGUUGUUUUCCUGCCUUUUGCUCACCCAGAUUAUAUCCAGGUUAGAGACCAGGGGAAGUCAUGGCUGCUCCUCUCCACGGUGCCACCACAGUGUGGCUUCAUGCAGCACGUGGCUAAACACUCUGGGGUAUUCCUUCAGUCUCCUCUGCCUGCCUGCUACAGCCAGCAGAGGACUCCCACGACCAUUUCCUUAACCCUGAGGUUCUGGGACCUUUCUUUGGCUCAGUAUAGGACCGUUGACCUGCAAUGCCAAUAUGAAACUAUUCCUGUAACUCCUGCACCAUCACCGUCCCCUACCCCUACCCUACCCAAGACCACCAAGAGAAAGCCUCACUCGCCCGAUGUCCCAAAGCCUGAAGUGGUCUGUCACUCCGAUCAGAUGAAUGUUGAGCUCCCCUCUGGUCCCAUCUCUAAAAUUAUUGUGAAGGACAUCCAAGGGAACCAGAUGAACCUCCGUGAUGCCCCAAAGCACUGUGGGUAUUCUGCAAAAAAAGGCGACGAUGGCAAAAUCCGUUUGAGUCUCCAGUUGCACUCACGCUGCCACAUGAGUGUGCAGGAUAAUAUGUAUAUCAUCACCAUCUACUACACGGCAGCAAAUGAGAGACGAGAGGCUCAGUUUUCCUGUCCAGUCAUCAUGAAAAUCCUAGGACAAGAGUGCAAACUUCCCAUCGAACAGCAUCUCCCCUGCGGACCCGACUCUGUAUCCAAGACACAGUGCCUCUCCAAGGGCUGCUGCUUCAACAAGAAACUCCGUGCCUGCCACUACCCCAUGGAUGAGUGCACUGUCGACCGUCACUUUGUCUUCUCGGUGCCUGCCUCCCUCACUGAGCCCCCUCUUUCCCCUGCCCUGCUUGCUACUGCUGGUGACUCGCCCUGCAAACCUCAGAAAGUGACGUCUAGCUACGCCUUGUUCAAGAUCCCGAUGGACAGCUGUGGGACACGCAGAGUGAUGGUGGGAAAAACCAUGGUCUACAUAGUGGAGGUCAUCAACACGGUUCAGACACUCACCCUCAACUACGGCACCAUUACAAGAGAGUCUCCUGUCAGGUUGUUGGUGGAGUGCCGGUAUGUGCCAAAUACUGUUCUGAGUGUGAGCUACAUGGUCAAAACUCCCACACUGGGACCUAAUGUCCAGUCUCAGGCGGUGUUUGGAGUCCAGCUCAGGAUUGCCAAAGAUGACUUGUACACCAGCUACUACCCUCAGUAUCACCAGCCCCUGCAGAUGUUGCUGGGGAAACCCCUUUACUUGGAAGUGCGACUGCUCAACUCCCCGGAUCCAGAUUUGGUGCUGCUGGUUCACUUCUGUGUGGCAUACCCCCGCUCUGGCAAAGCUGUGUGGCUGCUGCUUUACAACGGAUGUCCAAACCCCUUGGACCCGGCUUUGCAGAAGGCUGUUCUCGUAGAUCCUCUACCGCCCCCUCUUCAGGCUCAGACCCGCCGCUUCACAAUCACCACCUUCCAGUUCCUUCCGGAUGCUGAGUUCAAGGACCCCGACGAAGAGAUCUACUUCAUGUGCUCAACGGAAAUCUGCUCACCAGAGGAUGGGCCCUGUGUCGAGGGAUGCUUUGGCCAGUGACCGUUACAAUGUGGAAGAGGCUACACGUUUGUGUGGGAGAUGAUGAUCUGGCUUCUGACAUCACCCCUUGAACCAACAAUAAAAGUUCCUAAAGGUC